AUGACGGAUACACAAGAAAUGACGGACUUCACUGAGGUGGUGAACGAAACUGCCUUGAAAGGGCUAAGUGGUUACUAUCAAAACGAGCGUGGACAUGUCGAAAGCGGUAAUUACAAAACCGACUGUAAACGGUGCCCAAAUGGAACAUUUUCUCCUCGUCUUGGUGCUGCCUCGAUAUUUGAAUGUCGGUCAUGUCCUACUGGAACAGAUACAGAUGCAAGAGCAGAUCUUGACGCGUGUCCAUGCUUAGAGAAGUUCCAUCGCACUUACCGCUACGGCGCAUGUCAGCCGUGUCCAAACGGCGUCGAUUGCACAGGUGGUUACCAGAAAUUGUUGGCUGGUUAUUGGUGGUCGUGGAAUUUCACAGGUUAUAUUGGUCCAGCUUAUCUUGGGAGUUUUGACGAGUACGACCAGUUUGUUAAGAACCUUAGUGAUUCCAAUUUUAACAUUUCAACACCUAACAGUCUGAACGAUACAGAAUACAAAGGAUUUCUCCCUGCAGUCCAUUUGUGUCCACGAAGUGACAGUUGUCUUGGUGGAGGUUUUGAAGCAAACUGCUCAAAGGGGUAUUCGGCCUGGUUGUGUGCUGAGUGCAGUGCCGACUAUUACGAAUUAUUUGACAAAUGCCACAAAUGUCAAGAUAUUAAAAUUAUAAUCAUUGUGAUGAUUUUGGUACUAUUGACAAUCGUAUGUGUUGCCUACGGGGUGUGGAGACUUAAUAAACGACCAGUGACAGGCGCCUCAGUACGAAACGACUCUUUUGUGAUUCACUUAAAAAUUGCCAUAAAUUUUUACCAAGUUUUGGGUAUACUAUCUACAGUUAAUGAAAUUCACUGGCCAGAAUCGUUUCAAUCUGUUGGACAAAUUCUCCAGUAUCUCGACAUUGUACGGUAUGUCAAUGUCAUCAGCCCGAGGUGUUUAUUUCCGGGUGUUUGGAAUGCUUACAUAUCACUGUAUAUUGCCAUCGCAACACCAUUUUUUAUUAUUCUGUUGAUAUCUAUCAUCUUCUCUGUCUUGAGCGCCUACAGGAGGUACAAGCAACAUAAUUCAGUACAUCACUCAACAGACAACUUCUUGUCAAUUACGAUGAUGUUGUUGUAUUUGACCUACGCCAACACUUGCUCAAACAUCAUGGCGGUCGGACCGUGGUCUGUCCGUACAUUGAAUGUCACAGCAAAUGGUGAAUAUAAAAAACGUGUGUUAACCUCUGACUACUCCAUUGACCUUGACGAAGAAGGUGGUUUGAAGUACAAAACAAACGAGUACAUUACGUAUUGUUCGUUAGUGUACGUGAUUGGGUUUCCUCUUGCUAUCAUCCUGGUAUUGUAUCGCAGGUACAAACGUUACGAAGUAGUAGAUCGCGAAGACGAACGACCAGGAACGAUGGGAAUGAGGUUCUUCUGCAAGCAAUACAGCAAGAGGUUUUGGUUCUGGGAAGUAAUUGAUAUGUAUAAUAAAGCUACACUCGCUCUUACCGCCAAUUUUAAAGACGACCAAGCUUCCAACAUGUCAUAUUCCCUCUUUAUCACCGUCAUUCUCAUAGCUCUGCAUCUGUAUCUUGAACCAAUGGAAGCUAAAGCAGAUCAGAGGUUUCAGUUGUUGACACUUGUAUUUAUCAUCGUCAACUUAUCGGUUGGUGCAAUUGUUGACAUCGGAGAGUCCGUGUAUACUGAAGACGAGACUAUACUUGUUCUUCAUGACAUUACACCAUUUAUUCUACUACUACUCAACCUAUCUAUUGUGUUGGUUGUUUUCGUUGAUCUAAUAAAAAAAAUCAAAGAAAGCUUCUGGAGAGAAUGGAUUGGAUCACAAGAGCAAAACAUUGUUGCCAGCGACUUUGAAAACACCGAAGAUAAUGCAAAUUUAAUGUUGCAGGCAGAUUUCGAUAGCUUAUCUUCGUACAAUCCAACGAUUGGCAAUUAGCAUGAGAAUAUUUUUCUUGUAAUUAUAUUUAUAGAGGGUAACCCUAACCCUAACUGACUUCUUAAAUAAUGAAAUAAUGUGAUGCUUUUAUCAGCGA